AUGGUGACGGUUAAAUUCCCGUCUGGGACUCUAGAGCAGGAGCUUUACCUCCAACACCAAACUCCAUCCCUGCAGGUCAGGUGCAGCUCGACUGUUGAAUUUCGGACACAUUAUGGAGUUUCUGGAGGAAACACGACUUUUCCAUGCGCCUUUCUCUCAUCUGGAAGAAUAAAGUUCUUCUGCAGGGAAACCUGUGAAGGAGAAAACCUCCUGAUCAGAACGAGUGAUGACGCCGCUCAGAUCGGACGAUACAGAACUGAAUAUGUUAGAGAAGCUUCCAGAACAUUCUCGGUUCUGUCUGUGAGCAUCUCAGCGCUGACCCGGUCCGACUCCGGCCGGUACCGAUGUGGUUUGGGCGACUCGGCAUCACCAGCUUCGUUCCUGGACUUCAGGCUGGUCGUUGUAGACGCUCUGCUGGAUGGAAACAAAGUUCCUGACCUCCAUAAAGACGCUGGCAGCUCCCUGACAGUCGCCUGCUCCUUUGAAGACUCUGGAUGGAAACGGCUGUUCUGCAGAGGAGGAUGUGGAAAAGAUGAAGUUCUUGUUCAGACUGAUGGAGUCAGAGCUGACAGAGGCAGAUACAGCAUUGAAUAUGAUAAAAGACAAAAUUCAGCCGUUGUGCUGGUGACCAUCACACAGCUGACCCAGUCUGACUCCGGUCGGUACCGGUGUAAACUGGACAGAGCGAUUCGAUCAGAUCUGGACAGAGACUUCAGCAUCACAGUCACUGAUGCAGUCGACCCAUCCAGCUCCACAACAGCAGCUGAGCCCUCCAGCUCCAGUGCAGCAGUCGGCCCGUCCAGCUCCACACCAGCAGUAACAUCACAGACUUUCAGCUCCAUUUCAACUCAUGUUUUCACAAACAACCCAACCAGCUCCAUAACAACAAGUCAGAUAUUCAACUCCAGUUCAAGACAUUUCACACAUCAAAGUUCUUUUAAAAUCAGCAACGACUCGGUUCAGUUUCAGGAAAUUGAAGAAAAAUCUUUCCUCUAUGUUCCUCUGAUCGUUGGUGUGACUCUGGUUCUGGUUCUGGUUCUGGUCUCAGCAGCUCUGCUGGUUUCCUGCAGGAGACGAUCUCUGAGAGAUUCAAGGAGGAGGAGAGACGAUGGAGUAAAGAUGGAGGACAUCAACUAUGAGAACGUUUCCUCUCAGGACUCGACCUACCAGAGUCUCAGUCCUGCCAGCAGAGACCAGAACCAGAUCUACUCUACGCUCUCACAGCCCAGAUGAGACCCUGGACUCUGGUUCUGGAUCUCUGGUUCUGGAUCCCAGGUUCUGGACUCUGAAGUUUGUUCUGUGAAGCUGAGACCGGAAGAAAACUGGAUUUAUUAACUGAGCCUCAGUUUUUACUCUGAGCUGCAGCUGCUUUAAAAACUAAUAAUGGAUUUUUACACCUUGGAAGUUUUCUGGUUUAUUCUGAUGAUAAAUUCUUGAUUUGCUUGAAUUGAAGCUGUGCAGCAGAAAAACUUCUUCAGUUUAAUUCUUGAGAAAAGUUUGUCUUUCUUUGAUGUUUUUUCCUACUGGUAAAUAUCAGCAGAGAUUUCUGAUCAAACUCAGCCUCUCUGCCAUUUUUCUGCUAUGUCAUCAUUUCUCCCAGCUUGGAUUAUAUUAAAUUCUGUUUUUUUAGAUUCAUUUCUGAUCUGUGCUGAUUUAGAAACUGUAGAUGACAGAGUGUUGUUAGGUCAAAAAACAAGCAUGUUUCCUUCCCAUUGGCUGAAACGGUUGCUAGGCGACGGUACUUGUUGAACUGCGAGCAGAGAAGUAUCCCUGGGUAGAUUUGAUCUGUGUAGAGAGAAAAUCUGAGGGAGAGCAGAGAAUAUUUGAAAGAGAGCAGAGAACUUAUAUUUGCCAUAAGUCAAAUAUAAGUUCUUGAUUUAUGGCAGUAAUUUUAUCCCAUACAGGUCAAGGUCGUUUUUCACCUGCACCAACAUUAGUAUAUUUCACAGAACUGCAGUGAAAACAUUUUUUUUUUUUGCAUGACACGAGUCGCAUAAUCUACAACCAGAUGUUUCUACUGGUGAAAAUGACAAAGAAGACAAUAGGAAGUGGUUGGAUGUUGAUGGCGUGGCAUGUUUUGCAUAAUAUAGUUGUUAGGAUUCAGUUUUGUGUGAGUGCUUUUCCUAAUAGAGGAUCUUUGUGGGAGAGUUCUGGCAGGCUGGCACACCUGGAGCUGAUUCCAGUAAUUGGCUGCUGGACUCUAAAGAAGUGGUGGAGCAAUCAUUCAUCGCUUGAUGGUCCCACUUGUUGGUCAGUGUCUAACCCAGUGAUUCUUAACCUUUUUUGAG